AUGCUGGAUCCCGCGGAUUGGGGAGUGUGGCCUUCGUCGCAGUUGAAUCAGAAUAAUUUAACCGUAGACGUGCACGGCGCGUCGUUCUUUUCGACGAACGUGUCGGCGUGUCGAGUCGGGGACUUUGUGGUGCCGCUCACGCACGUCAGCUCGACGUUAGUGCGGUGCACGGUGUCACCGAGUCUACGGUUGAGUAAAGGAUAUGCCUACGUCGAGGUUUCGAUGAAUGGAUUAGAUUUUACUAGCGAUAGGAUCACAUUUACGCUGCACGAGCCGGUGAAGCUCGAGCAAGUGUUUCCGUACGGAUGGGAUAUAGGUGGGGGCGGGGUGUUGCGAGUGAGCGGUUCAAACUUUGUGCCCGGAUCGAGCAAAUGCGCGUUUGGGGCCGGAAGUACCGGCACAGUGCCGGCUGUGAGCGGGUUAGCGCCCUCAGAGGUCGUUUCCAGUGCAUUUAUGAAGUGCGAGACGCCGGCUUUUUCGACAGUCGGGAUGACCGACACGUCUUUGCGUUCCUGGGGAGACUCGGGAUCUCUCAGCGGUAGUCGGGCAUUCGAAGUUUGGCGAGAGCCAUGCUCGAUAGAAAUUUUCACCACGUGGAAUUCUACCAAGGCUGAAUACGGAGGCGUCGCCGUCGUGCUUCAGGGAAGUGGGAACGAAGAUCUCGUCGAGCCGAAUAACAUGUUUGGUUAUUCAUGUCAUUUCGGCACAAUCACGGUAAGCGCGGUGAUGGACACGUUGACGAUCAAUAGGACUGUUACGUGCAUCUCUCCGGCUUCGCAACAUCCGAGCACGAGCGUUGAACUUUGGACCGGGCCAAAUAUAGACUCUUUCAAGCCUUGCACCACGUUCCCGACAUUUGCGUAUCCCGCAGACAGCGAAGACACGUACACAGAAGUGGUUGGCGAUGAAACUACAGUGGUGUACACUGGGACAAAUAUUUCUGCCGUACCGACAUACGUCACCACAUCUGGAGGAUCGGUGAUAUCACUCAGCGGUAUCAGCCUCUCUACUGCAUCGUUAUGUAGAGUCGGCUCGGAUGCAUCCGCUCCGGUUCACUUUGUAUCUUCCUCUCUCAUUCAAUGUGAGAUUCCUCCGCAUACUGAAGGCGAGGAGUAUCUUUAUAGUGCACCAAGCGCGAGUGUGGAAAUCACUAGCGUGUAUUUUACUGCACUCGCGGAGAUUAGCUCCGUUUUACCGAGCACGGGAGGCCUCGAGGGCGGGACUGCGGUCAGAGUUCGUGGGGCAAAUUUCAAGGAUACAGAUGACUUGCUUUGUAGAUAUGGAUCAAUAUCCGUGUUGGCAAGUUAUUACUCAACCACACAAGUACAGUGCGUCACCCCAGCGCACAUGAUAGGUAGUAUUCCCGUAGGUGUCGGGCGCCGCGAUGGUAUAUCGCAUUCAUUUUGGGGUGAUAAGUUGUUCGUUUACGACUCAACCGAUAUUCUCGGCGCCGUCAUGCCAUCUGUCGUGAACAACGUCGGAUCAACAUCUCUGAGCCUGGUCUGGUCGGUUGUCUACAGCGGCGGUACAGGGUGCAAAGUCGGUGGUGUUCUACUCGACCCAUGUACCGUUUCAGGUAGCACGACACCGGGUUUCGUUCAGGUUUACUCGUACACUUUUGCAAGCGACGAGCGCGUGAGCGAACCUGCGGCGUUUGCUUACUACACGUCUCCAAUUGUGUCAGGCUCGAUUCCCGUCGUUCUCCAGAACUUCAUUCCAACUGUCGUUUAUAUGCUAGGCUCAGACUUUGUCGACGAGGCGAAUGUACUCUGCUCCUUUGGUGACAAAGCCGUAGACGCGACUUUCGUGUCAUCUGCUUUGGUCAAGUGCGCUUCCCAUUUGGUGGGCGCCGUCGGCAAUACGGAUGCACAAGUCGGGUUUGGUAGCGCGAGUGACGACGGCGUGUGGAGUCGAACGGUAAUGUCGCUGAGCGUGGUCGACAUACUCACGAUGAGUAGUGUCAGUCCGACACGAGGAGUAUUGGCUGGCGGCACCGUCGUCACCGUCACGGGAACUGGUUUUGAGGGCGGCGGCGUUGUCUACUGUCGCAUAGGUACGGUUUCGUACAUCGAAGCACGAACUAUACACGAUAAGAAAGUGGAGUGUACCGCUCCGUCGUACUACGAUGAAACGGUUGAUAUUCAAGUCGCUAUCCUGGGCAAUGUGUACGCGGACACGGCGCAGUCAUUCGUGUACAGCACGGGUGUUGACGUAGUCGCCAUCAUUCCUCCUACAAGCCCUCUAGCUGGUGGUACUGCCAUCAGCCUCUUUGGUUUGGCUGGCAGUGUAGGCGAUAGCUAUGAUUGCGUGAUGAGUGGUGCUGCGGUAGCUGGUACGAUUAGCCGCUUUGGUGAAGUUGAAUGCGCGAAUCCCGCCGGUGAAGAAGGCUUCGCCGCUGUCGGCAUUGGGAGCAUCAUCGAUGACGAGAUUGAUCAGCAAACCAUCGAAUACGCGCGGGCACCGGUGAUAUCAUCUGUUUACCCUCUGAACGGCCCAACGUCGGGUGGCACGUUGAUUUACACUUCAGGCUCACACAUGCGUGACUCUGCAUACCUGUCUCUUGAAGCUAACGCCGGCGCUUCGAGUCACUUUGUCAGCUCAGCGCUAGUCGUUACAGAGCUCCCAAUUUCGACCGCAGCCGUGUUCAGCGCUAGUGUGAAGCAAAAUGGCAACUUGGUGAGUAACGCGCUGACGUUUGCGUCACGCGCUGCCGUCACGCUGAGCUCUGUGACUCCGACUGGGAUUGCUAUUUCGGGCGGGAGCGUCGUGUACGUGACGGGCUCGAACAUGCCAAACGACAACACUCUAUAUUGUUCCUUCGGCACGAUUCUUGUUUCGGCGCAGUGGUCAUCAAGCACAGCGGCAAACUGUGUGAGUCCCGCUCAUCUGGUCGAUAGCACCAGUACGAAGUUUAGGGUGCACGCCGAUGGCCUAUCAUCGACAACAUCCAAAGACAUAACGUACGUGUCCACUUCUGAAAUCACCGAGACGCUGCCACCGAGCUUGAGUGCCACGGAGUUGCCAGCGUCGGUGACUAUUCUCGGCGCUUGGUUGGCGAGCGCAUCUUGCGAUGGGAUCGCUCUCUCGCUCAACUCUACUUGGGCGUCCGAGUUUGCGUGCACGCUCGACCCUGUUGGCGUUGGUUACACUGCCGUGAGCGUGAUUUCGCGCGGCCAGACGAUGAGCGUUUCGUAUUUGAUCAAAGAGACGCCACUAUUGCUGAGCGUUUCCCCUCCUGGCGCGUCAACUAUGCCUGGUGAGCUAUUCACGUUGACCGUGCAGCACUUUAUCGCUGAUGAUGCCGAUCAAUUCCACUGUUUAUUUGACGCCACGAGCGCGGUUGCGCCACACAUAAUCUCCUCUAGUUUGAUCCGGUGCGAGUCAGUCGCGACGACAAAAGUGUCGACGCGCUUGACCAUCGAGGGUGGCGAUGGCGCUUACCCACUGUCUCGACAAGCUGCUCCGGUGGUCUCGAGCAUCGCGCCAUCGUCGAGCGGUGAUAUUGGAGGGACGUUGGUUACGCUCACAGGCACGAACAUUCCUCUCAUAGACAACUCUGCCGUGUGUUCGUUUGGUUCAAUUGGUCCCAUCGCUGCGCAGUACGCCACUACUACGACAGUACAGUGUGUGUCUCCUGCAGGUGUGGUGAGUUCAUCGGCAAAUAUCUGUGUGAGCGUUUUCAGCACUGCAUCACCGUCCAGAAGCUGCAAUACUACACACGCGCUUCAGCGAUCGGACAUUCUCGGCGCCGUCAUGCCGUCUGUCGUGAACAACGUCGGAUCAACAUCUCUGAGCCUGGUCUGGUCGGUUGUCUACAGCGGCGGUACAGGGUGCAAAGUCGGUGGUGUUCUACUCGACCCAUGUACCGUUUCAGGUAGCACGACACCGGGUUUCGUUCAGGUUUACUCGUACACUUUUGCAAGCGACGAGCGCGUGAGCGAACCUGCGGCGUUUGCUUACUACACGUCUCCAAUUGUGUCAGGCUCGAUUCCCGUCGUUCUCCAGAACUUCAUUCCAACUGUCGUUUAUAUGCUAGGCUCAGACUUUGUCGACGAGGCGAAUGUACUCUGCUCCUUUGGUGACAAAGCCGUAGACGCGACUUUCGUGUCAUCUGCUUUGGUCAAGUGCGCUUCCCAUUUGGUGGGCGCCGUCGGCAAUACGGAUGCACAAGUCGGGUUUGGUAGCGCGAGUGACGACGGCGUGUGGAGUCGAACGGUAAUGUCGCUGAGCGUGGUCGACAUACUCACGAUGAGUAGUGUCAGUCCGACACGAGGAGUAUUGGCUGGCGGCACCGUCGUCACCGUCACGGGAACUGGUUUUGAGGGCGGCGGCGUUGUCUACUGUCGCAUAGGUACGGUUUCGUACAUCGAAGCACGAACUAUACACGAUAAGAAAGUGGAGUGUACCGCUCCGUCGUACUACGAUGAAACGGUUGAUAUUCAAGUCGCUAUCCUGGGCAAUGUGUACGCGGACACGGCGCAGUCAUUCGUGUACAGCACGGGUGUUGACGUAGUCGCCAUCAUUCCUCCUACAAGCCCUCUAGCUGGUGGUACUGCCAUCAGCCUCUUUGGUUUGGCUGGCAGUGUAGGCGAUAGCUAUGAUUGCGUGAUGAGUGGUGCUGCGGUAGCUGGUACGAUUAGCCGCUUUGGUGAAGUUGAAUGCGCGAAUCCCGCCGGUGAAGAAGGCUUCGCCGCUGUCGGCAUGCACAGCGGCAAACUGUGUGAGUCCCGCUCAUCUGGUCGAUAG